AUGGCUGGAAACUUUUUUAAAGGGACGUCGACUGAUCAGGAUUCUCGAUUUGGCGAUAAGGAGCGUAAACUCAUUAUGAAUAAACAAUGGCCCGAAGUUUUCAAUCGCAAGCUAAAUAUGAAAAAUAUUGAUUUAUCAGUGAUAAAACCUUGGAUUGAAAAAAAAAUGAUAUAGUAUAUUGGAAUAGAAGAUGAAGUAGUUUAGCGAUAAAUAAUUAAUUACUUAGAACAAUAGAGCGAAGAUAUUAGAGGACCUGAUCCGAAAGUUCUAAGCAUUUAAAUAAUGGGAUAUUUUGAAAAAAAUACACUGCCAUUUAUGACUGAACUAUGGAAUUUAUUGGUUGAUGCAGAGGGACAAGAUUCCGGAAUUCCAAAUUAAUUGUUGGAUAGUAAGAAAUUGGAGUACGAGGAGAAGAAAAAGGAAUUGCAAAGAUUAUUAGACAGACAGAAGUUGCUAUAUCAAGCCAUUGAAUAUUCGGAGAAGACGAGAAAAAAAAUAAAAUCAGAAUAACAAUGAAUUUAUAGUGUUAAAACAUAAUUAUAUAUAUAUAGGAUGA